CCGUAAUCCCGGCAAGCGGAUGUGGCUAAUACUCGAAUGGUUAACCUUUUUGUAUUGAUAAAUAUACAUAACAUGAAUCUGAUUCGCAAAAAAAAGCCCGCGUUUAAAAUUAGCCAAGCGAUUUGGUACCUUUGACAGCAAUUAAUCGGUCGACUGCUGCUAAAGCGGCCAAAUGCCAAGAUGGUAUAGGAUGGGGUGCGUCUAACAAUAGUGCCGCCGAUUAGAUUUGGCACACGCGGCCCGACCAUGUCGGCGGAACGUCCAGCUGCCAGUUCGGAUAAUCGGCGACUUAUGUGCGAGUUCUGCGGCUAUCGGACGCGCAUCCAUUGGAAUCUGCAGAUCCAUCGGCGGCGACACACCGGCGAGUUGCCCUUCAGUUGCCAAACAUGCCAGGCGCGUUUCCCGGCCAGCUAUCAGCUGAAAAGCCAUCUGGAGCGGCACUUGGACGCCGGCGAGAGACGCCAGCGGCACAUCUGCACCGACUGCAACGUGGGUUUCUCCAGUUCGCGGGCCCUGUACCACCACCGGACGCUCCACGAGGCUGGAAAGCGCUUCAAGUGCUCCCAGUGCGACAAGUCAUUCGCUCAGGCGGCGGGCUAUGCGCAACACAAGCGGAUGCACCGCCAAAGGAACCAGCGAGCCACCGGAACCACGGAUCUGAAGGAUCUGCAGACCAAGGGAGUGUUUUCAAGUGAUUUUCAGCGGCGCGAGUUUAACACGUUGCAUUAAAUUCAUAUUCAAAUUUAAAAAAAUGGGUAACCGAUUCGUUAUUUUUUUAUAUCACUUUCUAAAGGUCUGGUAACAAACUGGUAACACUUGAGAGGAGCACAUUGCUUAGGUAUUUAAUAUACAUAGAUCAAAUAUAAUUAAUUUGGAACUUGAAAUUUAUUUUUUAGUUUAUUUGGUCAAACGGUUAC